UUCUGCAAGAUUUGCAAAAGUUAAAAGAUACUGUCCUAUAUGUUUAUGAUAUUGUACAGGACGACAAAGGAGAAGGUUAAUGGCAGGCAGGACAGUGACUUAACCACUGUGAAGCUUGGAACUCUUUUUAAAAAGAUUUUUUAUGGUUACCGUUUUUGGCCGCCUUUCCUCCGCACGAUGGCCAUGGCUGGAGGAUGGCCGUGCAUCCAGUAGCAAACCUGCAUCCUUCUGACUCUGUUCCCCCCAUCUCCUUACAACUCUGCGAGCUGAGGGACAGACAUGAAGAGAGUGGCCGAGUGGUCCAAAGAGGAGGUCGCCAUCUGGCUGAGUGAUGAAGGCAUGCAGGAGUAUGUUGAAGCUCUGAGGCAGGUGGAUGGCCGAGCCUUGCUGCAGCUUUCACGGGCCGACUUCCAGAACCCGCCCCUGUCUUGCGUCAUGCCAGACGGCGGGAAGCAGCUCCUUGAGAGGAUCAAGACCCUCGGUAUCGAGCACCACAUGGAUGUGCACAAGAACGGCCACAGCAAUAGCCACGCGGUCCUGGCGCUCGAUGGAGGCGCCAGUAGCCGCGGUGAGGCCAAACGGAAUGGCUUCGGCAACGGCUACCACAAGGAACUGGUGCGUAUCCUCAUCCCAGAGCUGAGUGGCCCGCUGUUCCCCACUGAGUGGGGGAAGACUGGCGUGGCCUUACUGUAUGCCAUCUCCUGCUUCAUCUUCACCACCAUCAUGAUUUCCAUAGUCCAUGAACGUGUGCCUCCUAAGGAGGUGACCCCUCCGUUACCUGACAAAUUCUUUGACUUUUUCAACCGAGUGGAGUGGGCCUUCUCCAUAUGUGAGAUUAAUGGUAUGGCCCUGGUGAUCUUGUGGAUCAUACAGUGGAGUCUCUUAAAACACAAGUCCAUUGUUGGCCGGCGGUUCCUGUUUAUUGUAGGUACGCUGUACCUGUACCGGUGUAUCACCAUGUACAUCACUACUCUGCCUGUUCCUGGGGUACACUUUAAGUGUUCACCUAAGCUCUAUGGUGACUGGGAGUCUCAGCUGCGGCGGGUGAUGAAGAUGAUUGCUGGCGGAGGCUUGACCAUCACGGGCUCUCACAACAUGUGCGGAGACUACCUGUAUAGCGGACACACAGUCAUGCUGACCCUCACCUAUCUCUUUAUUAAAGAGUACUCCCCCAGACGGUUCUGGUGGUACCACUGGGGCUGUGGCUCAGUCUGUGCAGUGGGAGUGUUCUGCAUCCUGCUUGCACAUGACCACUACACCAUAGAUGUCAUCGUUGCCUACUUCAUCACCACUCGCCUCUUCUGGUGGUACCACACAAUGGCAAACCAGCCAGAUCUUAAGAGUGCGUCGCCGAGCAACUUCCUGUCGCGUGCUUGGUGGUACAGGUUCUUCCAGUACCUAGAGCGCAACGUCCAGGGCGUCGUGCCACGGAGCUACCAGAGCCCUUUCUUGUGGCGGCCCUGGUCAUGGGGCCACGUGAGAUACAGCAGGAUCGAGGCGGACUGAUGGCUGGCUGCUUCGCCUCCAAAAUAGGGAGAAAGACUCUCGAAAGACUCGCCGCAAGUGCCGCGCAUCAACCGCCUGACCAUGUCAGAACUGAAAUCAGCCCCUUUAGCUCCAAACUACGUCAUUCCUCUGUGCCACCUGACUGGCACUAUGAACAUUUGAACCCGUCCAAAGCAUUUCAUUCCUCUGUAUUUCAGGCCUGAUGUGUUAUGGGGUGUGUAGUUGUGGUGUUUAGUACAUGGCUGCUCUGGGCUGCUGAGAACCAAACUAAAUGCCUGGAGAUUUUUGGGCCAUGUCAAAAGUCCGAUCACUUGGCGAGUGGUGUCUCAUCACUGUGAUGCCCUCGGAAGUUUGCUAGGGUUUGCUUGGAUCCAUUACCUGAAUCUCUACUAGACUGAAGUAUACUUGUGGUCAGUGUAAGAUUUCUGUAUGCUUUACAGAUAACUGAGCCACUUGCCAGGGUUUUUAACUGACUGACUCUACAAAGACAAAUUUAACCACUUGUCCCAGUCAGUGGAUAAAGUUUCAAUAAUAUUUAGCCUGACCUGAGUGUGACCAAUGUGUCCCUUUUAACUGAAAAUUCUGCAGUGCAUUUUUCUGCGGAAGACUGCAGUGGAGGGAGAGAAAUGGGUUUGAAGAGAAUUGCUAUUUUGUAGCAUACACUUGCAGAUUUGCAAAAGCGGUUUGUAUGAAAAAAAUAUUUUUCAAACUGAUGGUUAUUUAUUUUUUUUUUUUUUUACAUAGAGACAAAAUACUGUUUUGGUGAUAUAACGUUCCUUAGUGCCUUUCUUGCCAUGAUUGUAUAGUGAUCCUGUGGUCCAUGGUUCUGUAUUUGUGUUGCUGCCUUUUUUUUAUUAUUCAAGUCUCCAGUGGUACAUUCAUAUGUUGCUGUCAGAAUGUAUCAUACAUGUUGUCCACAAAACCCUUGUACUACAAAGACUUUUAUCCAAUUGUUAGAUUCUUUGGUACCACUUCCUCCUUGUGUAGUAUAUCAGGUAUAUGGUAUUUGCCAUAAAAUCACUUGAAAAGAAAACUGAAAAAAAAAGUAUUGCCCAUGGGAAGGAUGAUAAGUACAAAGACUUGUUAAACUUGUAUAUUGGUACUAUUACUUAUUAAUUGUGUUGUGAACUAUGUACUUACCUGUACAUAGAACUUACAACUGGUUAUGAGUAGUUUAAGUGCCCUUUUAAGGGUAGUUAAAAGUAUUUUGAUUAUAUAUAAGUGCCCCAUUUCUUAGAGACUAGGGGUACAUGACACCAGUAGUGGAAAUCUACUGCGCUAAAGAGUUCAACAUACCUGGCUGUGAAGGCCUUGAUUAACAGGAUGAUGUGUGUGAUGUUAAGGCUGAAGCUGAAUUCUACAGUGGAGUAGACCGACAGGAUAAGAGUCAGGCACUCCUGAACAAUACAAACUGGACAAGGGAUGAAUUAAAUAUGUUAAAAAAAAACAAAAUUAUAGUAUUUAUGUUGAAUAUUGGAUAUACUUUGUACUUGCCAUCUUUUUAGUAACCUGGAAACAGUUAUUGCUCUGUAUUUGUCCUAGUUAAUACCUACACAUCAGUGAACUAUAAAAGGAAGAGUUACCAAGAGUUGUCUUUUUCAGGCCAUGAAUAUCAGAAAGCUAACUCAAACAUCCAUAAUCAUUUUAUGUUGUGUGUUUAUUUAUUACCAUGUUUCCUUGGAAGGGAAUAUGGGAACACAUAUGUGUCAUGUUACGUUGUUUAGACAAAUGGCCCAUGUUGUUGGUUGUUGGGCAGGAGUAUUUAGCGUCUGUGUGCGGUUAUUGUUUAAAGAGAUUUUGUCUUACUGUGUUGCCAAGGCCUAGAUAGUUAACAAACAGAAUAUGACUGUCACUCCCUAAGCCAUUUCUUUAAACCACCCAAUGAAAAAGCUGCUAACACUUUAAUAAUUUGUCCUUUUUGCCAAUAAAUAAAACAGCACAGAAAGUUUUAAAUUAAA